GCCGACUUCCAGCAACAUGAUUCCCUCAGACUAUAAGGUCUGCAAAGAGACGAGUGAUUUCUUUGACCGGGUAGGGAAGCUUCUCCUAAUUUUUCCCUCUCAUUUCUUUCCUUUAUUUUUCCUUUUUUUUAAAUGGAAAUCAAAGAAGAACCCUUUCCAUGUAUGGUGAAAUGUGGAGCACUGAGCCCCACAGCAAAAGAUGCAGAUGAAAAAGUUCAGCGGAUCUGUGAUGAAGUGAAGCAUCUGGUUGAGGAAAAAGCAGGAAAGACCUAUGAUAUUUUCACUGCUAAGAGCUACAAGACACAGACUGUUGCUGGGAGAAACUUCUUCAUUAAGGUCCAUGUGGGAGGGGAUGAUCAUCUUCACCUCCGUGUUUUGAAAAACUGCCGUGUUAUGGAGGAGAACUUGUGUUUCAUGGAAUGCAGGAAUCCAAGAGCCACCACGACCCUAUUGUGCACUUCUAAAGAGAUCACUUAAAAACUUUUUAUGCAGUUCUACUCCCUCAUAAAUAACUAAUUAUUGACUGUAAAAUGGUGUUUCAUGUGAAACAGCAUCUCAUGCUGCUAUCUAGACCAGGACACCCUGGAGGAAGGGAUCAUGUAUCUCAAUUUCACAUUCCUGUUAGAUGAGGAGGAGGAGAUGGUUUUUCUCUAGAUGAUCUGGAAUAAAUUGCUCAUUACUCAUCAGCAGACUUGAUUCGUCACUUAUUAGUAA